AUGUGGGAGGGCAUCUACAGGGUGAUCGGACGAACCGCAACACGACACGAAGACGCUACCCUAACAAAAAGUGGCGUGUAUUUGACUCCGGCAGAAUCCGCGUCGCACCUGGCUGAGACCUUUUAUCCCGAAGACCUGGAAGAAGAGGACACAGAAGAACACAAGAACAUCCGGCGUUUGGCCAUGCGGGUAAACGACCCGGAUCAUGAUGAAAACCAUGACCCGCCGUUUACAGCGCAUGAGCUUAUGACCGCGGCGUCCUCCUUCAACCCAAAGAAGGCGCCAGGUGCGGACGGUCUCACCGCGGACAUCUGUCGCCAAGUAAUCCUCCAGGACCCCGAGGCGUUCCUUGCCCUGGCCAACAAAUGCCUCAGUCUGGGCCACUUCCCUAAGAAGUGGAAAGAAGCCACAGUCGUGGUACUGAGGAAGCCGGGCAAGGACAACUACACAAGCGCCAAAUCAUACAGGCCAAUCGGGCUCCUGCCCGUGUUAGGAAAGGUCCUGGAGAAGAUGGUUGUCACGAGGCUCCAGUGGCACCUAGUACCGAGGCUGAGUACCCGCCAGUACGGCUUUAUGCCCCAGAGAAGCACUGAGGACGCCCUCUAUAAUCUAGUGAACCAAAUUAAGGUCGAAAUCAAGAACAAAAAGUUGGUCACCAUCGUCUCACUGGAUAUAGAGGGCGCCUUUGACAGCGCCUGGUGGCCAGCCAUAAGGGUGAGACUGGCGGAGGAAAAGUGUCCGGUCAACAUUAGGCGGCUACUCGACAGCUACCUUGGCGACAGAUGUGUGCGACUAAGGUAUGCCGGAGUCGAACACUUUAGGAACACAUAUAAGGGUUGCGUCCAAGGCUCGAUUAGCGGGCCGAUGCUCUGGAAUGUCCUCCUGGAUCCUCUCCUCAAGAGCUUGCGGGACCGCGGGGUUGUGUGCCAGGCGUUCGCCGAUGACGUGGUUCUGCUGUUUGCCGGACAUACUGCGCUGGAGGUGCAGCGACAUGCCAAUGCCGCCCUCGAAUUUGUUCAGGAGUGGGGAGUCAGAAAUAAACUCAAGUUUGCGCCACAUAAGACCUGCGCAAUGCUGCUGACCAACAAACUUAGGUAUGACACCCCACUCCUGCGCAUGGGCGGGGUCGACAUUGGCAUGUCUCGGGAUAUAAAAAUCUUGGGCCUGACUAUAGACGACAAGCUGACUUUUAACACCCACGUCGCCAACGUCUGUAGGAAGGCCCUAAACAUAGCGAAGCAGCUGCAACGAGCUGCAAAAAUCAGCUGGGGACUGCACCCCGAUGUCAUCCGUACUAUAUACACGGCAGCAGUGGAACCCGUCAUCUUAUACGCCGCGGCUGCAUGGUCGCCCGCAGCCGAAAAGAUCUGUGUCCGCAAGCUCCUCAAUACCGUCCAGAGGGGCUUCGCACAAAAAAUCUGCAGGUCCUACCGCACCGUCUCCCUAAACUCGGCCCUACUACUGGCCGGGUUACUACCCUUGGACCUGCGUGUAAAGGAAGCAGCCGGGCUAUACGAGGCUCGCAAGGGGUCGACCCGGCUAGUGCUAGGAGACCGGGAGGUCGAGCGGGUGGUAGGAUUUGCGGAGCUGCCACAUCCCGCCUUGCGUAUGGGCCUGACCUUCAGAUGUCUAGACGACCGAAGCCUGAUCAAAGCUAUAAGUACUCUUGUAAUUCUAGCAUUAGCUAUACCUAUAAAUGCUCAGAAUGACUUCAUAUCGCCAUGUCCAAGUGUGUUCACGUAUGAACCCCCCGGAGCUGAAGCGGGGAAGUGGUAUGGAGUAGUUAAUUUAACUACAGAUACAACACUGUAUGCGUUGUGGUUGAAUGUCGUGUUGGAAAGCAAGGCUGAUAUACUUGGGAACUGGGUCGGAGAAGUAACGACAGAAGACAACAUAGAUUUUAAAAUAGAAAAUACUAAACUUAAGAUCAGUCCUGGUCCUCCACUAACUGUGCGAUUCUUCAUACAAUACAACACCCAGAAACCUCCUCCAAAGCUAAAGGCUAUAAGAUUUAAUGGAAAGGAGAUAUGCAAUGUUGAAGUUCCUCAAGCUGAAGUACCUAUUAGAGCUGCUACAGGUUACAAUGACCAGCCAAUACUUGAUGUCACUACUUCGACUACUGCAAGACCUAAAGUGACUACUUCAAGGAAUAACAAUAAACAACGUACUACUACAAAGUCACCAUACUGGCAACAAACCGAAAAGGUGCAAACAACUUUAAAGACAUAUGAAAGACAAACGACAACAUUAAGACCGUUUUGGACAGAAGCGACGACUGUUAGCACUACGCCAUCCACUACCAGAGCUCAAUAUUGGCAACAAACUACGACAAAACCUGCGUAUUGGACACAGUCCAAAGUUGAGGCUCAAACAACUGAAAAGGCUCAAGUUUGGUCAUACGUAAAACCUGAAAACAGUCAAACAAGUACAACUACUACACGACCAGUUCAAACUUGGCCCCAAAAUACUAGAAUUGAAAACAAGCAACAGUCUGCUCCAGAGAAGAAUUCUCAGAAAGUCCAAACCUGGACGAUACAGAAAGCUGGAAACCAACAAACAAAAACUCAAGAUAGAACUGUCAAACCUAAAGAUAAUAGGACUACUUCAACACCUGGAUACAAGCAGACUAAGACUGAUGCUAACCAAUAUACAACCGAAAAACCUUCAGUUUGGCCAAAUGUGAAAGUACCAGACAGCCAACAGGCAAAUAACAAAGGCACAAGAAAUGACAAUAAGGCAGAAACUGAAGUAAAACAAGUUGUACAGGCACAUCAUUGGCCUAAAAUUACAACUGAGAAAAACAUAGAAACGGCAGAAAAGUCACCUAGUAGACCAGAAACUACUUCAUACGCGUGGCCUGAUAGUCAGAAAACUUAUGACACUCCAUCUAGAGACACUCCAAUUUAUGUACGACCAGAAGACAAGUCAAUUGAAAAUAGGUACGAAAGACCACAAACUUGGAGUGCCUCUCAAACUCAAAGGGUUGGGGAUAAUGAUGGGCAGAAACAAGGCUGGUCUGGAGACAAGACUUCGAGCUGGACUGCUGAUAGAUCUGGAUAUUAUAACGAUAAGACUAAGAAUAGCAAUGACUAUCAAACUGGCAGUGAACCUUCGGCAUACAGUACUGCAGAUAGCGGUGGAAUCAAAAAGUUUGAGUCUGAAGAUGAUUUGCCUUUCUACCAGCAUCCGCUUACCACUGAAUACCCAGCUCCAGCCAUUUUUAAGACCGAGUCUGAAGAAUAUGAUGCCCCAAAACAAGAAGACAAAAAUGAGUACUACGUUGGAGGCUUACCGAUUUUCUACAUACCCAAUCAUGGACCUCGCGUGGCCGGUGAGCCUGAAUGUGGAAAAGUAUUACUGAACAAGGAUAUAAGGCAUCGGAAGCCUUUCGCCACGCUGGAAGGUCAGUGGCCUUGGCAAAUUGCACUAUAUCAACAACAGACCUCGGUAGACUUCAGAUACAUUUGUGGAGGUACCCUGGUGUCGAAACGCCACGUGAUCACUGCAGCCCACUGCGUCACCAAGAAGGGUUCCGCCAGGGUAGUAAACAGGAACACCCUGACCGUCUACUUGGGGAAACAUAACCUUAGGACUUCGGUUGAAGGCGUGCAGGUGAAAUUUGUAAACAGAGUCCUAGUGCCCCCAGAGUAUGAUCCGGUAAACUUCCACACGGAUAUAGCUAUACUGGAGCUCCGUGAUCUGGUCACGUACUCCGACUGGGUCCAGCCAGCCUGUCUCUGGCCUGAGAAUGAGAUGGACCUCAAGAAUAUUGUGGGACAGAAGGGUUCCGUGGUAGGCUGGGGUUACGACCACGCAGGCGUGGCGCGACAGGAGCUCAGCCUGUUGGAGAUGCCGGUGGUAGACCAGCAGACCUGCCUCAACUCCUACCGCGAGUUCUUCGGUCGAUUCACCUCGGAUAAGACUUAUUGUGCUGGUUAUAGGAGUAGUGGCUCAGCGUGCAACGGCGACAGCGGAGGCGGCAUGGUCUUCCAGCGAGGAGAAAGUUGGUACCUCCGAGGAGUUGUCUCCUUGUCAGUGGCCAAGCAGGGCGAGUACCGCUGUGACCCCCACCAUUAUGUGAUAUUCACUGAUGUAGCCAAACUCUUGCCCUGGAUAGAAGACAAUAUUGACUAUUAUUAUUAGGUUAAGCUGUAAUUUUUUGUAAUAAAGUUCAUUUUAAGAAUUGA